AAGCAGUAGAUGGGAACGUGCAACAGAAACAGUUCACCCACCUCUCUUCUACUGCUGCUGCCGUUUCCAAACCUUUUUUCCUUCACUCUCUCAAGCGCCUUCUGUAUAGGGGAAAUCGCCGGAAGAGGAAAAGAGAUCCAAAAUUCAAUCUGUUAAGGAAGAAGAAAAUGGGCCAGGAGAAACCCACCUGCUGUGUUCUCGAUGCUUCCACUUACGCGGGUUUCUGGAUUCUCAAGAGAUUGCUCGCCAGAGGCCACUUGGUUCACGCCGCAAUCCGUAAAGACGGGGAGAGCGAGAUGGAGAAGAAGAUAAAGGAAAUGAUGGAGAUGGAGGAAGAGAGACUAGUGGUGUACGAUGUCGAUACGUUGGAUUAUCAGAGCAUUCUCUCGUCUCUCAAAGGCUGUAAUCUCGUCUUCUGCUGCUUAGACAGUCCUUCUGGUUAUGAUGAAAAGGAGGUGGAUUUGGAGGUGAGAGGAGCGAUCAAUGUGGUGGAGGCAUGCGCGCAAACAGAGACCAUCGAUAAGGUUGUCUUCUCUUCUUCUCUUACUGCUGCAAUCUGGCGGGACAACAUCGGAACUCAGAAAGAUGUCGACGAGAGGUGUUGGAGUGAUCGAGACUUCUGCCUCAAGAAGAAGUUGUGGCAUGCAUUGGCGAAAACAUUAUCCGAAAAGGCAGCUUGGGCUUUGGCAAUGGACCGAACGCUCAACAUGGUGUCCAUCAAUGCCGGUCUCAUCACCGGACCCUCCGUCUCUCAACAAAACCCUAAUCCCACCAUGUCUUAUCUCAAAGGAGCUGCGCAAAUGUACGAAAACGGGGUUUUAGCUUAUGUGGACGUGAAAUUCCUCGCCGACGUUCACAUCAGAGCAUCGGAGGAUAGUUCGAGUUGCGGGAGAUAUUUUUGCUUCGACCGGAUCGUUAACACAGAAGAAGAAGCUCUCAAGCUUCUUCAAUCCUUGUCUCCAUUAAUACCCAUCCCACCAAGGUAUGAAAUGCAAGGAGCUGAAGUUCAAGAAGAAAGAUUGAGGAACAAGAAACUUAGCAAGUUGGUGGAGGCUGGUCAUGCUUGUUAAUAACUUAAUUAGAGAUAUAAUAUAUAUGAUCUUAUAUAUAUAUAAUAAAUACAAUAGUAAUAAUUUGUUAUGACAUUUAGCAUUUGUGUGUGUGUGUGUGUGUAUAAAGUAGUUCUAAUUUUCUUUGAAUCCA